GCGUACGGGUGCAACUAGAGGACGACCAACUCCGUCGGCUCCGCUGUUGAGCAUUCAGCUCCUACAUCUGGCUGGAAGUUCUGAAGACAGGACGGAACGAGAUUCAGCCGUCGUAAUCAACUUAGCUAUUUUUUAUUCGACGAAUUAGUAAACCGAAAUAUCAGCUAUGAAGUUACUGUGGGCUGUCAGUGCCCUGCUGCUGAGCUGUUGGCGAGCUAAUGCGUCCACAGCCCCAGACAUCAUCACCGAACCUUCUGAGGUCACCAACCAGACCUCCGCGAUCCUCAGCUGCAACUUGACAGAGUCCAGCCUUCCCAGCAAGGGCUCCCAUUGGGUGCACAAUGGCAAAGUCCUGGAAGAAUCUAAGUCCAAUGAAGCCCAUUCAUACACAGUCCUCCAUUUGGACAAGAUCACCCACAGCUCUGGUGGAAAGUAUGAAUGUGUGUUUCUGACUGAUCCAGAGGUGAAGCAGACAAUUGAAGUCAAAACACUUCCCCACGUUGCUGCCUACAAGCACUCUGAGCACGGCAAUGAGAAAGACAAAGGUGUGAUGGUCUGUGUGAGCCAUGGCUAUCCACUGCCCACUAACUGGAACUGGCACAAAGAGAAAGAUGGUGUCCAAACACCUAUCUUAAACGGCACCAGUGACAAAUAUGAGAUCAAGAGCACCCCUAACAAGACCACUCUGACCAUUCAAGACCUGAGCAUCGAAAACGACAUUGGAGACUACGUCUGUGCCGGAACCAAUGAACUUGGCACAACUACUGACAAGAUCCACCUGCGUGUCCGCAGUCGCUUGGCCGCUCUCUGGCCCUUCCUUGGCAUCGUGGCCGAGGUCAUCAUCCUGGUGACCAUCAUCUUCAUCUAUGAGAAGAGGAGAAAGCCUGAUGAGAUCAACGACGAUGACGACUCAGGCUCUGCUCCUCUGAAGAGCAAUUCUACUGCAAACCACAAAGACAAGAAUGUGAGGCAAAGGAAUUCUAAUUAGAAGUUGAAUGAGAUGGACAUCCAGAUGGCAGUCCAGGACUCAGCUGUUGUGUGGCACAUCAUACUGUGCACCCUGCAAUUUUCAGUACCUUUUUUGUGCUUGGGUGUUAAUGUUCUAAGAAACUGACUGAUUUCCUCUUGUUUUAUUUUUUUUCUUCUGUAUUCUUCUCCACAUUGUGCAGCCACAGAACAUAGUGUGAAGUAAUUUCUGCUUGAGGCUGCGGGGCAAAUAUUGCAUGAGUUAAAAUGCCGUUUUAGCAAAGUGUGUGUUCGUUGUAAAAUCAUUAGACCGUUCAUGUGAGGAAUGCCUCGUUUGUGGUUAUUUUUCUGUUGAUGCUGAUUCUGCACAGACCUCACAGCUGUCAGUUUUUGCUUUUACACAGGGUUCCCAUAAUCAUGAAGCUACUUGAAAAAGUUUUGGAAUUGGAAAAAACUGAUAACCAGGUUUGGAGGUGGUUUGUAAUUAACAGAGUUUUGGAAAUGCAUCGUUUUGGCUGUAGUUUAAAAUGCAUUACUAAAAAUCCCAGACCAUGUCUUGCGUUAAGCAAAAUACAUUCCUUGAAGCUUUUGCUGCGCUGCAUGACUGUUGAAAUGUCACUAAUAUCACAGACCAGAUGAAUAAGACCAGGGGAAUAAGCUAUGACAUCGGAAGAGAAACAGAAGCUUAUUUGUAGCUGGUUAACUGCAGCUUGCAAAGUACCUGUAUGUGCCAGUCUGGUCUGUUGACAUAUGCAUCUAGUUGGUGGCAGGAAUGUCUAACCAGUGAGUAAAGUUAUCAAACACCAGGAGCUUGCUUAUGCGCACAUGCCUUAAGUAUGUGUCUCAUAAUGAUGGCUGUAUCUCUGUAUGGGCUUACCUAUUGAAACAACUUUAAGUCGUGGAAAUGGGGUAGAAUAUUAUGGAAAAGUCACAGAAAAGGUUUUGAAACUUCAUCAGUGGAAAUGUGUGGGAACCCUGUUUUAUAUUCUAUCUGGAAUGGUUCCUUGCAAAACAGCACAAGUUCAGUUGAGAGGAUCUGAAACAUUUUAGAUCCUAAUUUAUCACUGCCAUUCUUAUAGCAACCACUGGAGUGCGUUUGAAUUCAUGUUUGACCUGUCCCUACUCCACCGCACACCUCCUUUUGCAGAGUUUUAUACUUUGCCUUAACAAGCACCAUUUUCUCUUUUGUGUGUAAAUGUGAUACUUACAAUUAAAUGCUGAAAUAAUUAAUGAAGGUUUGGUUGCCAUAAGAAAUUACAGUUUUUUUUUAGUAGGAAAGCAUUUGUCCUUUUAAAUCCAGCUUUUAUUUCCUUUUCCUAUUAACAUUUUAAAUCAAAGUUUUAGUCACUGAUGUUUUUGUUGCCGAUGUCACAUCCAGAGUAAAAAUAUAUUAAGGACCAAGUGCAAGUAACAUCUGUUGCUUCUGUCGAACGCAACUUGAAUACUACACACUGAAGUUUAUAUUUAGUACCGGAGAUUAUCGUUUCAGAUGUUUUUCUUUCUCACUCGAUGUGAUCUGAGAUAGAAAACAUCCUGUAUGCGAUUGUUGGGCCGUCGUCUCUGUUCCCUUCACUGUGUAGAUGAUUCAGAAGCCAUAUGUUCCAUUUAACCUGAGUAGUGUUGUGAUUGGAUGUUACCAUUUCAGAGUUACACAAAUUAAGAAGACCUAGUCAGAAUUGUGUCAAGUGUUGUACCUUCCGAAUACCUGGAACAACCAUCUGUUGUACAACUUGCACAAACUGAAUAAAGGUAUUUGAUUUUA